CGCUUCAACUCAGGACGUGAUGUUUUGAAGCUCAUCUCUCACGGAGUGGUGAAGAUGAAGCUCAAUCCAUUAUCCGUGCUCUGUCUGUCACUUCUUUUGCUUAAUACCCCCUUUUCGCUGGCCAAGAAAGGAGGAGGAGGCGGCUUCGGGAAAAGCUUCAGCUCCAAAAAGACCUCCACAUCCAACCGAGGCAGCACCCACACUAACUCCAAUACAGGCAAAAACACAAAGCAGCCUGGACAAACUGGCCAAGGCAAUUACCCCAGGCAGCCGGGCGCAGGGGGCCACCCCAACCAGAACCCAGGUUCCCCAUAUGGAGGAGGUUAUGGUGGGCAAGGUGGUUAUGGAGGCUAUGGUGGGCAAGGUGGUUAUGGUAGACAAGGUGGUUAUGGUGGUUACGGAGGCUAUGGUGGACAAGGUGGUUAUGGAGGUUAUGGUAGUUACGGAGGCGGAUACAUCAACAAGAACCCAAACAACAAAAUCCUGAGCCCUCAGUAUGGUGGCAGCUAUGGUUAUUGGGGUUAUGGCACUGGAUAUGGCUCUCCCUUCUCACACUCAGUAAAGGCGAUGGGCUACGGUCCCUCUGAUAAAUCCAGAGGGUUCGGACGCACUGCAGUAGUGGCGGCAGCUGGAGGGGCCGCGGCAGGAAUGGCCGUGGGCUACGGGAUAGGCAAGUUCCCCCGUCCUCACUUCCCCCUCCGCAACCCGCAGGAGGAACAUUACUACAACCACUACAUGUACAGGAGGUACGGCACCAAGUCUACUGAUACCAAUGACUACAGCAGAGACUACAGGUACGAUCAACCCCCUGAGACCUAUGAUACAUACAUGGACAAAUGCAUGAAGAGAAAUGACCUUCUGCCAGCAAACAGAAAGCCAGCUGUCACUCCCGCAGCUAAAUCUACGACGACUACUGUUAUCGUCUCGGCUUCAGACGUUGGCAGCAACUCAACAGAGACCAACAGCAGUGCUGCAGGAAACACCUCGACCCCUGCACCUUCGACUCCUCGCACUCUGAAUCAGCCCGAAGUCCGCCCUGUGGCCACGGCUUCAGUGGCUGUCGGCAGUAAUGAAGUAGACGAUACGGUCAGCAUUGUGGAGAUCGGAUACCCGGCGCUGAUUGAGCAGCUGAAGGCCAGGAGAUGCUUGGAGCUGUACAUGAUUUACUCUGAAAAGUACUUGAAGAGACAGACUGGAGGGGUGCAAGGACUGGAGAUGGGCUUGCGGGGGCUUUUAGCUGUGGUCACUAGUACUAUACUGAUGCUGCUUAAUAGCAACAUGCUAACGCUGCUGCACUGAGGCCUUCAUAUCCAGAGGAGGUGAUGGAGAGCGUGUUAAACAAAUGACGUAAGUGGAUGGUAAAUAAUUAGGACAGGAUUAACCUCUUACCUCUUAAUCAUUUGUGAACUUCUACUUUAUUGUUUGAACUGCUCCUUUUUUUUUUUUUUUUGUGCUUUCUGAAGGCACUGAUUCAUCCUGCAAGUGCAUGACUGGCACCACACAGCUGGCAGACGUAAUGGAUUGCAAUGUAAUUAUUAGAGGAGAGGAAGGGGAAAGGUUAAACUAGAGAGCUUUUUGCUCUUCUGAAAGAGAAAGGGUCCAUUAACUGUGCGCUAAUACUCCAAGGUUUUGAUAUCGCUUGUCUGGCCUAUUAAAGUCUGUUCAGAUUUACCCGCUCUGUAGCCGGAGACCUAGAAAUUCAGAGUGACACUGCCAGCGACUCUUCAGAAAUAAAGUUUGUUUUUAUUGUUCAUGUAUUUAUUUAGGCAGCUGGCGAGGCCUUUGUCUUUUUGAACCUUAGUGGAAAAAGCAUUUAGAGGGUUUAGAGGCCAGCACCUCUGGCAAAGAAGGUCUGUGUAAAUAAAUUAAAAUACUGCAGGUGUGCUUUAAGUGGAUGUAAUAACGUCAAAGACAGUAGAAAGAGUCGGAAAACACCAAGUAGUAUCUAAAAGGACUGAUUAUCACCUGGCUUUUACUCGUCUAGUAAUAACUUAUUCUACUAUUACUACUAGCGAUGGUGAGCUAAUAUCCGUGCUUUAGAGAUUUUACACUAUAAGCAUGACUGAGUAUUUGUAAAGGAAUCAUAUCUACUCCCGUCUUCACAGCUUCAAACACUUUUAUAACAUGCAGUGCAUUUAGAAACCAAAAAAAGGCCAAUAAUAGUUAUCUGCUGAUUUUAUUUAGAUAAACACCAAACAGACGAUGGCAUUCAUGCUGUUGUCCUGAUGCCACUUAAAUUCUUUUUCUUUUCCUGAUAAGUUGUGUUUGUGCGACACUUUUCCACGUGUUGCUUGUCGAGUACGUUGUUUUGUUUUUUUUUACAUAUUCGCCUCCUUCCAUCCAGAGCUUUGCCUUUUCUCUCCACUCUAGUGAUUUCAGAAGUGCUCUUAAAGUGUGAAACCCCACAUGUACCAGUUCUGAUCUCUAACCUGCUGAAUGUUAUCUCGUAUUAUUAUGAGCUGUGUUUGUGGUAUCAAGAUCUGUGCAGUACAUUUGUACAAGAGUGUUCUUAGUCAUUGAAGGUGAUGACUAAAAAAGAAAAAGCAGAUUAAAAGUACUCUUUGGAGUUUUUGAUCACACACAAACAUGACCAACCUGUCCUAAAACAUCUGAUUUAUUCCAUUUAGGAUUAAGCAUACGGCAGAAAAACUCCACAGUGUACCUUUAGCGUGUUGCUGUAUGUAGUCCGUGUUAUCUCGUGUCUGGCUUUGAAUGUAUUUGAAAAUGCACAUGUAUCAAUAAUCCUCUGUCCUGAAAAUCAUAUAUAUAUAUAUAUAUAGGUCCUGAAUAUGACCCAUAAGAGCGUUUUCGGAAUUAGCCCCUGUAUCUGGAGCAGGAAAUUUAGAUAUUUUAAGCUUCUGCUGCUUAGACUUUGUCACCAAGACAACGUUGUGAGUUUCAGAAAGUUAAAGAAAAAAAGAGCACCUUCGUUGUCAGUAUUAUAAUAAUAAGUAUGCGGUUAAGGUUGUGGUUAAAAAAAACAAUAAUGCUGGUUUAAAAUGAGAAAUGAAAAGCAGCCUGUUGUCCUGAUGCGCAGCGUUUCGUCAACCCACCCAUCCACCCCGACCACCUCCUCCUGCACACGAUCAGAAUUACUGUAGCCACCAGAGGGCGCAAUCCCGCUGAAACGUAACUAUGGGUCGUAAUAAGCUGUUUGCACAAAUGACAUAUCGUUUCCCGUCGUCUCGCUUCCUACGCGAGGACGUUUUCUGUACUAACCUGCUGAAGAAUGUUCUGCUGAGGGUUUACUUGCACUUUUUGCUUGUCCGGUCAAUAAACUUUACUAACUUGCA